AUGGCGUGCGCGAAGCCGGCGACGGCGGAUCGAAUCGCCGCGUUACCGCUCGAUGCGGGAGACGCCGCGGCAGACUACCUCGACGCGCUGACCGUCGCGUCGGACAUGCUCGUGCGGCACGAGCGCGGGGGUGGGUUCGCGAGGCACGUGCUCUUCGUCACGGACCUGCGGACGCGAUGCGAGAUAGACGACGAGUUCAUCGCCGGCAUCGCCGCGGGAAUGAAAGGCGCGAGCGUUCGGCUCACGGUCGCCGUCGUCGACGGCGACGGCGACGCGGCGACGACGUCCGAGGCGGACGAGGAGACGAAGCGAGUCAACCGCGCGAUGUUGCAAGGCUUGUGCGACGUCUUAAACGAAGCGAGCGGCGUCGCCGCGGCGUCGAUGUCGGGGAUCCAAGACGCGGUCGAGGCGUUGCAAGUGGCGCAGACGAAGCUCACGAAACCGACGACGACGUUUCGCGGGGACCUGGAAUUCACCCCGUUCGUCUCCUUGAAGGUGUGGGUGUACAAGAAAGUGAGCGAGGCGAAACCGCCGAGCAUGAAACUGAGGGUGGACGACGACGAGAGCGGCGGCGCGCACGAGCCGAACGUCGUCGUGCGGGAGCGGAGCUUCAAAUCGUACGCGGACCCGGACAACCCGGUGAGCGUCCCGUCCGAGAUGAUGAUCAGCGCGUACCCGUACGGCCCGACGAACAUUCCGAUCCAGGACGACGUCGCCGCGCUAGUCGCGUCGAAGAACGACAAGGGGAUGAAGAUAUUCGGGUUCACCCCGCUCGACACCGUGCCGCAGUGGCUCGGGAUGGACGAGGCGAGAAUUUUAGUGCCGUGGCCGGGGAGAGAGCAGAGCGUCGCCGCGGGGAUGGCCGCGAGCGCGGGGUUCUCGCCGCGCGAGGCGGGGAAGGCUGCCGCCGCGAUGUCCGCGCUCGCACGCGCGAUGGAGCGCAAGGGCGUCGCCGCGCUGACGCGAGCGGUGUGGACCCAGAACUCGGACAAGGUGAACUUUGGCGCUCUCACGCCGCAUAUCACCGCGGAGGGGGACUUUUUGCUCUUCGUCCCUCUGCCAUACUCGGAAGACAUGUACUCCUCGGAUUUCAAGCCGCUGCCGGCGCCCGGGACUGACGCGGCGGGCGCGCUCGCGCCCGCUCUCGCCGCGAAGCUCGUGCCGACGGAGGAACAGAAAUCCGCCGCGGCGGCGCUCGUGGACGCGUUGGACGGGAACGGGCCGGAUCCGUGGACGCGGCUGAACCCGGCGUUGACGCGGACGCACGCGUUGAUACACGCGAGGGCGGUGAACGAGCUCGCCGCGCCGUUAGCGCCGCCGUCCGGGACGGGGCCAGAUGCGGUACGCGCGCUCGUCGCGCCGCCGCUGGCGGGUCGCGCGGGGCUAUUGAGCGACGCGAAGGAUACCCCCGCUGCUGCUGCUGCUGCGGCGGCGGCGGCGGCGUUUAAAGCCGCGUGCGGCGGGUUGGCGCUCGUCGAGAAGAGCGUCGGGUGGAAAGGUCUCAAGCGCGGCGCCGCGGAGGCGUUGCCACCCGGAGAGGGCGAUCGCGGCGGCGACGGCGAGAAGCGCCCGCGCCAGGACGAAGUCGUGGGCGCGAGCGGCGGAGAGAGAGACGGCGACGACGCGGCGGCGGCGGCGGCGGAGCAUCCGCCGGAGAGCGGCGCGGGUGCGAGGGAGACCGGCGACGGCGACGCGUGGGUCGUCGUGAAACAGGAGCCGAACGACGACGUCGCGCUGGAGGACGAGGACGACGUCGUCGCCGCCGAGCCGCCGCCGCCGGUCGAGGACGACGGGUUCUUCGAUGACAUGGAUUGA